UUGUGUUGGUAGAUCAAGCAAUACAAACGGACUACGCUGAUAUCGUUGCGAACGUUUGCGAAGCGCCCAAUCCAGCGAAUAAUCAAAUUGGAUCUGUUGGCAACCUCCAAAACAAUGCAAAGGCAGAGGAUUCCACGAGCGAACCGAUUGGGCGCGAGCCGGAGCCAAGAGAGACGGAUGUGCAGAGCUAUGCCGGAACUGAGAGCAUAUCGAGCAUUGGUGCUGGCCACGCACAUGGACUAAUUCUACCGCCCAAACCAGUUGGCCAAGAGCACUUGCUGGAGUUUAAGGCGGGCCGCAUGAAUCUGAUCGACAAGCAGGUGAAGCCCGAUAUACGGCAUGGCGUGAUCUAUUUGUAUUUGGAUGGCAGUGAACAUCUUCACUUCUGCUGGAAGGAACGUCAUGCGAAAUAUCCAGAGCUGGACAUUAUCACUGAUCCGGGCAAACUUGAGUUUCUACAUAUCGAGUCCUGUAAAACCGGCCGGAUCUAUGUGCUCAAAUAUAAGAAUGCGAUAGAUCGAUAUUUUUUCUGGAUGCAAGAUCCGAACCAUGAGCUAGACGCGAGCAUCUGUAUGCGUGUCAAUGAUCUGCUUCAGUGUGGCAAGCCAGUGAACAAAAGUAGCUCUAAAUGUGAAGGAGAUAGCGUCUCAUUCAUUGGCUUGAAAUGUGAAAAGAAAUCCAAUAAGAUAUCAAACGUUUCCUGUAUUUUGGAAAAUAAUACCACAUUUACGGUGGAAGCAACGGCUGGCGACAAGGAUGUCAUCAGUUUGAUUGGCUUUGUGGAUAUGCAACUCAAUCACUAUCAGGCCAAGGGCAUGCGAGUGAGUGGAGGUCGUUUGGAUAUAUGCAAGAUGCUAACAUCUGGUGUGAGACCCUCAUUGUUGAGCUUUCUCUAUGCCGGCAUACAGCAGGCUGAGCACAAUUUACCAGAAAAAUGCCCCUUUAAGAGG